CCGGGCUUAGCAACAGCUCCAGCAGACUCUGCAUUGGCCAGAGCGGACUGAAGGAGGGUCUGCAGUUCGCCACAUCUCCUGUCAGUCACUCCGAACGCGAACCAAGACGGUUUCCGACUACAGGAGAAAACAAGGGCACUGGGGUGGAUGAUUACCCGCCGUGAGGAUGCUGACAGCCGCAGACCCUCCUGCGCGCCGCCGCGGCUCCGCUCUGGAUGCCACGAUCGCUUUAAUUAACAUGCACCAACAUAUUUGCGUGAAAUCAAUUUGAUCGGCGUAAAUCUAUGAUCUGCUCUGCGGAAUAAGAUUAAUUGAUAUUAGUGUUUCGAUAUUAGAAUUGCUGUCAUCUAGUGCGCUUAUAAAUCUAAUUCGUCUCGAAGGCAUCGAUCCAGUUAUAGACCCCUAGUCAUGUUGACCAGCAUCACCGAGAGCAUCUUCUGCUGUCUGUGGGGAAAGACCAGCAGUGUGGUUCUCCCGGUCCAAUCCUCCGACGGCAAACCCUCCGACGGCUUCCAGUUUGUGGAGGUAAAACCGGGUCGAGUGCUCCGUGUGCGCCACAUCCUUCCAGAACGUCCUGCGCCCACAGAAACUCAGCCCGAACCGGGACCCAACAUCCACUGCAAACGCAAGAUCACAGUAUAUCGCAACGGACAGUUGGUGAUCGAGAACCUGGGCGACGUUCUUCAUUCGGAAAUCCUCCAGUGCCAGAAUGGAGAUGUGGAACCAUGCAGUACUGUAGAGGUGGAGCUGUCGGAUUACACAACCGCACCAUCGUCUCCAGAUCCCAAAACUAAUCCGCCUCUGCCUGUGUCCGACCAGCAGAAACCGGCUCCGCCACCACGCCGCAGACGCCGCAGACCCAAACGCAGAGUGCUGAUCGACACUGAACGCAGCAUUAGCAGCUGUAAAGGCACGCAUUCGGACGUGGCGCUGUUUUUUAUUCACGGCGUCGGCGGGUCGUUGGACAUUUGGGGCAGUCAGCUGGAUUUCUUCUCGCGGUUGGGAUAUGAGGUCAUAGCUCCGGAUUUGGCAGGACAUGGUGCGAGCACUGCGCCUCAGAUUGCUGCGGCCUACACAUUUUACGCCCUCGCCGAGGAUCUGCGCGCAAUAUUCAAGAGAUACGCCAGGAAACGCAACAUCCUCAUCGGUCACUCAUACGGGGUGUCGUUCUGUACGUUUCUGGCACACGAGUAUCCGGAGCAGGUGCAUAAAGUGGUGAUGAUCAACGGUGGCGGUCCGACGGCUCUGGAGCCCAGUCUGUGCUCCAUCUUCCAGCUGCCCUCCUGUGUCCUGCACUGCCUGUCGCCCUGCCUCGCCUGGAGCUUCCUCAAGGCUGGUUUCGCCAGGCAGGGAGCGAAAGAAAAGCAGCUUCUGAAGGAAGGAAAUGCCUUUAACGUGUCUCCAUUUGUGCUGCGAGCGAUGAUGAGCGGUCAGUACUGGCCGGAGGGCGACGAGGUUUAUCAUGCUGAGCUCACCGUCCCCAUACUGCUGGUGCACGGCAUGUAUGACAAGUUUGUGCCAAUCGACGAGGAUCAGCGCAUGGCAGAGAUCCUCCUGUUUGCGUUCCUGAAAGUGAUCGAGGAGGGCAGCCACAUGGUAAUGAUGGAGUGUCCUGAAACCGUGAACACACUCCUACACGAGUUCUUCCUCUGGGAGCCCGACAUCUCCAAAAAAGAAACCACUAAAAAGAUCACAGCGGACCACAACACAGCCGACGACACCACAGCCGUCCAGACUCUCAAAAUCAACAAACCCUUAAACAAGUAACCUGAAGAUCGACCACUUUUUGGGGUUUUACAAUUCAGAAAGCUGAAGCUUGGCUGAGAGAGCUGGUUUUUGGUCAGAAAGGCGCAGCAGGAGUCCAGACGGCUCAGAAAGAGUUCUCUGCGUGAGAAUUAGCGAUGAGGAAAAACAAGCAAUGAUGGUGGUUCAUGCAUCAACUACGCCUUCGUUUCUCGAUGCUACCUUUGGACUAAUGCCUUUCCUUAUUUGUGCUGUUCAGACUCUCCGUCCAGAGGAGCGAAUCGAGAUGAGAUUGAACUACGUGAGGAAGAGAGAACAUGCACUGAGGUUACUUUCAAAAAUACACGAUCAUACGUAUGUGUGUGUCGAUUCAACAGGAGAUGGCAUGGUAUAUACUGUAGUAUGACAAAAUUAUUUAACCUUCUGUGAAAUUUGUAUUAUUUUUUUACACACAACCCUCCUGUGAACUUCUUUUUCAAUUAUUUCCCAAAUGAUGUUUAAC